AUGUACGAGAUAAAUUGUGGCUCGUGUUCGGUGUCUAGAUGUGCUGGAGAGCCAAAAGUUUACUUUGGGCACGGACCCACCAGAUGGCAGCGGGGUGCCAAUCAGUGCCCAAACAACUCGUCUGUCAUACAAGCGGGACGACACUGUUCGCUCGCUGAGAACACAGGAAGUGCCGCCGAAAAUGUCAACCACGAGCCUCAUGUCUGUGGCUACUGCAACAAGCUUUUUGCUACACGUGGCAACCUGAACAUUCACCUUCGCAUACACACUGGCGAGAGGCCGUUUCAGUGCCACUUUUGCCCUCGAUCCUUCACGCAGAAGGCCAACCUCGUGCACCACGUGCGAACGCACACGGGGGAGAGACCAUACCAGUGCCGUUUUUGUCCCAUGGCCUUUGCACGCAACACUCUCAUUGCACACGUUCGUUUACACACCGGUGAGAGGCCAUACAAGUGCCACCUGUGCCCCCACGAUUUCAUGCAGAAAACGAACCUCGUUCAUCACUUGCGAACACACACCGCCGCUACCGAUCGUCAUCCGGGGAAUCUGUCUCCUCCCGACUGGCGAAAUGAAGGUCGCCAGUGGCGCAGUCUCACGUGUAACUUCGUGACAGCUUUCCGACCAAACAUGCUGGACCACCAAAAAAUGCACAAGGGCGAGCGGCCGUACAGGUGUGGCUUGUGCAGCAAGGUCUUCACGCGGAAAGGCAACAUGGUUGUGCACUUCCGAAACCACACCGGCGAGAGACCCUUUCCGUGCCAGCUCUGUCCCAUGGCCUUCACGCAGAAGAAGAUCCUCGAGGCACACAUUCGAACCCACACGGGCGAGAAGCCGUUCAAGUGUCGCUUUUGCUCAAAGGCGUUUACGCACAAGUGGCAGAUGAAGAAGCACGAGGAAGUGCACUCCACUAGUGCGUCGAGUGCUCAACCUCAAUACUCGAAUGGUCCGGGCUAGGAGCGAGUCGUGGGAUGAAGGACCCACACCCACUCCUUGGCUAUAUACUCAAACCUCACUAUAAUAAAGUUGCAUCUUAGACGAAAAUAAGUUCGUUAUACCCAAAAAUUUGUUACUUUUGGAUACAACGUUAUUGCUAUUCAACGUUGAUAUAACACUAUAUGUUAUUUUUGGAUGUAAAAAGGUUUAUUUCUAACACUAGAGCUAUCACAAGGCUAGUUUUCAUUUACUUCAUUAUAACCGACAUUUCCUUAUAUCCGGCUUCAUUAUGACGAGGUUUGAGUGCAUAAAUGUGAUCUGUGCAGUCAAAAGUCAAUGGAAAUACUGGAUAGUGUGGGCCAGGGAAAGUGAAUGUGCAAGUACAUAGAUGAAUAAAAUUGUAAUGGUGCACAAGUGUAAGUUUGUUCCCACUAAUUUUGGCAGCCUGUGACUUAACUUCAUCCUUUGCCAUAACCUUUUAAAACCUUUUCAAUCAACCUUUUAAAAGGUUUUCUUGAACUCAUAUAAAAAAAAAGGAAUCUUGUUCACCGUACUUGUUCACUCCCUGUACUUUCACACUCACCAAUAAAUAAAUUAUCCAUAUUACCAGUCUUAAGUGAACAAAAUAUACACAUAGUCAUACUUACUGUAAAGAAGUUGGGCUCUUAUGAUUAAUUACUAAUACUUUUCUGUCCAGAACCUUUGCUCACCUUUGGGAUAUAGUGGUAUUAAAAUAUUUCGCCAGUUUUGACCGCCAUGAACGAAGAACAACCAAGCAAAAAAAAACUCAUCACGUCUUUUUUUUUGCAGCUGAUAACCUGCCCAAGUCUUUCAGCAAUAUUUGGGCAGCAUGUUAUUUCCAACAGCGGACCAUCUAUUGGUUUUCUGGCCCGAGAUUCAAUGUAAAUGCUGGUGAAGUGAAAAUAACUGCUACAGUGCUACAGAUAAUGCAUUAACAAGUGAAUUGCGGGAUGACAUUGUACUAUAAAAAAGCAGCAUUAUGUGCUCACAUUAAACGUUAAGAGCUGUGCA